AUUUAAAAGAGCGUUAGUGGGGAGUGUGUGUCCUUGCGGUCUGAGGAUAUGGAUUGAUUCAUCAUAAAAUCCGUGUUUUUAUAAAAAUAGAUAUAAUAUAUACUUGAAAAUGCCUAGGUACGAGCUGGCCUUGAUAUUGAAGGCCAUGCAGAGGCCUGAGAUUAAAGCAGUUCUGCGGCGCACGGUAGAGACGCUGUUGGAGAGAGGAGCUGUGGUGCGGGAGCUGCAGAGUCUGGGCGAGAGGACGCUACCGUACAAGAUCUCCAAGCACAACAUGAGACACACGCGUGGCGGGUACUUCCUGGUGGACUUCCACGCCGCCCCGAGCGAGAUCCCCUCGCUGCUAGAUCACCUGGAGCGGGACGUUGACGUGGUGCGGCCCACUGUUGUGCGGAAAGAUGAGCAGCGAAACGUAGAACCGUGCGCCGGGUUGGAAACGGGCCUCGGCGAAAGUAGGCCUCUCCACAAGAGAUAAGCGUUUGGCCGCCCAGCCAUAUAUGGGGAUGUACAGCCGGCACCGACCAAGAUCUACAGAACGCAUUGUAUAUACGUUACAUAAUAAACAAAUGAUUUUCUUAA